CAGAGCCGCGCUGGCUGGAGGCGCACGGGGGACGUGGUCGAGAAACUCGGAGCGCGCGACCGGCCUGCGGGGAUGUGCGGCGCUGCUGCUGGUCUGACGGGCGAAGGUCAGCGCUGCGUUCAUUCCUCUGACCUGACGAGACCGCGAUAAACACGUCACAGCAGGUCACUGAACCCUAAGAUCCGUUUCAGCCGCUUUUAUCCGGCUGUUGCAGAAAAGAGCACUCAUGCAACCAAACGCUGAGUCAGUAAGGCAGCUUGAAUCAGCUCGGAGGGAGAUUUCUGAAUGGACGCCCUCUGCCUGCGCACACAAGGAGGAUGGUGAUCAGUCUAGCGUCAGAGGGCAUGCGCCCGUGCCACAUCUCCAGAAUCCUGAAGGUGUCCAGUGGCUGCGUUAGCAAGAUACUGCACUGGUACCGGCGCACUGGCCUCACGGGCCCCAAAGCAACAGGAGGCAGCAGACCACGGCUCCUCACGCCUCACGUUAUCUCUACCAUAGCACACUACAAGCGCGCCAGCCCGUCAUUGUUUGCCUGGGAAAUCCGUGAGAAGCUCUCAGCCGAGCGCGUUUGCAGCGCUGAUAAAGUUCCUAGCGUGUCUUCUAUUAACCGCAUUCUGAAGAAGCUUCAUCAUAAUCGGGACAUGGAAAAAUACACAUGUGAAGGGAAUAUUUGUGAUGAAAUGGAUGAGACAAGGCAGAAUUUCUUCGCUUCAGGUGAAAUGAAUCAACAGCCAAAUGUCACUCAGCAACGCAACAGGACAAAUUUCAGCCCGGAACAAUGUGAAACGCUAGAGAGAGAGUUUCUCCAAGGACAUUACCCAGACUUGUUUGCAAGAGAAAAACUGUCUACGGACACCAAUUUAUCACAGGACACCAUAAAGGUGUGGUUUUCAAACAGACGUGCAAAGAUGAGACGGGAGAUGAAAGCGGGAGAGAGUUGCUGGCCAUCACACGCACAUCCUCAUUCUCUGGGAAGCACAACAGUUUCUCUCUCUCCAUCAGUGAACUGGCUCCGUGAGAGAACAGCCUUGCCAGGGACCAGUCAUGUGGAUAGCAGAAGCUCACUGGCUGCUUUUCCUGUGGCCCAGAAUACUGGAACCACCACACUCUCACUGGCUCAUUGCAGCUCAAAUAUGAGAGCAGGCUUCCCAUUGGAUCAUCACUCAAAUGAGGCAAACAUGCUACACUCUCACCACAGACAGGAGGAAAGUGCAUUCGGCCUGUCUCAUUUCGCUCAAUGGGCUGCUCGUCCUUCAUUUACUGGCCAGUAUCUUUGACGGUGAGGAAUUCAAGAGGACAGAAGACAUAUUUAUAGAAGCAUUUUGUGAGUUAUAGAGACAUCUGAAGCUGAGUAGCAGUGUCUGAAACUUUCCCAGGACAUGAUUUGUGUGUUUUUUAACAGCAGGGGGCAGCAAAGCAGAAAAAAAGACACCAUAGGUACAUUUCAAACUGAAGGUUGGUUCAUUGUUUGGUUUUACACAAAAUAAAACUUCAAGCUUUUUCAGUCUUUCCAGUUUUUUUGUUUUAUGGAAAACAAUGCUUGAAUAAGGGCUCAUGUUCUGAAGUGACCAAAUGUAAAUUACUGUACCAGCCAAAUAAACAUUGUUACAUUUUAUUUUAAUGACAAAGAAGUCAUUAAACCCAUGAACAUGUCCAAAUGUCUUCACGACCAAAGUACUUGAUAUUCAACUGACUUUUUAAUAAAUAGGUAUUGUCUCAAUCGUCAGCCGCUUUGCAUUGUGUGCAAUGCUCCAAAUGUGGACAGAAGAUUGUUGCUGAAACCUGGAGCAGCAGUCCAAUGUUUUGUUUCAUUCCCUCAGUCCUUGUGUGAACCAGUACAUAACUUGAUGCUGAUGAUGCUUAUAUUUGUGUUAGGACUGCCAUGUGAGGACCACUGAAAGACAAACGAUACCUUGCAUAACAGGAACAAAAUAAACCUGAGAUUUCUGAAAGACA